CAAUUUCAAAGUUAACAUAUUUUUCUUUGGGCAAAUUUAUAUUAAUUUAUUAUGGCUACUAUUAGAUAUGAAUUUGUUUAUGCUGCAAUUCAAAAAGCUGAUACAUUAAUAGAUCCUAACAUUUGCAAUAACUUAACGAAACGAUAUGAAUUUAUAAAACAAAAAAUUCUUGAAAAUGAAUCUCUUACAAAAGAUGAAAAAUGGAAAGCAAAAAAAAUAAUAGAACAAGAUCAUGAUUAUAUUAAAGUUAUAUCUAAUGAAGGAAAAAAAAGAUUAUGUGAAAAUUGUGCUUUAGAGUGUUUGGCUACACUAUAUUGUGAACAUUGUGUUCGAACCUAUUUAAAAAAUAAUUUUUCAAACUGGACUUCUGGAAAUAGUGAUAUUAAUUAUCUAAUACAAGUAUUACAGAAAGAAUCAUUACAUCCAGAUAAUAUAGUUGAAUGGAUACCAUACAAUAAUUUACAAGAUAUUAAAUAUAUAACUAAAGGUGGAUGUUCUGAGAUUUAUUCAGCAAUUUGGAUCGGUGGACAUUAUAUUGAAUGGAAUUCUAAGGAGCAACAAUUAAAAAGAUCAUCAGGAACUUUUAAAGUAAUACUUAAAAAAUUGGAAAAUGUUGAAAAUGCUAAUAGAAGUUGGUUUGAUGAGGCAAUAUCACAUUUAGCGUUAAGUAACAAAUUUCCUAGCGUUGUCAAUUGUUAUGGUUUAACUCAAGAUCCAACGAAUGGAGAUUAUAUGCUUGUAAUGCAAUUAUUGGAUAAAGAUUUAAGAAAAUAUUUACAGUAUCAACAUACAUGGGAAGAAAAAAUAAAUAUAGUUGUUAAGAUUAUUUCUGCACUUUAUAACAUUCAUUUUUAUGAAGCGGUACAUCGAGAUUUACAUUCUGGAAAUAUUUUAUAUUCACGAUAUAAUGGUUCUUGGUAUGUAAGUGAUUUUGGAUUUUGUGGGCCCGCUGAUAAACCAUUAAAAAGUAUAUAUGGAAAUCUUCCUUAUAUAGCCCCUGAAGUUAUAAUUGGAAAAGAAUAUACUUUUGCAUCUGAUAUUUAUAGUUUUGGUAUACUUAUGUGGGAAAUUUCAUCAGGACAAGCACCCUUUAAUAAUUAUGAACAUGAUUAUGAUCUUGCGAUGAAAAUUGUUAAUGGUAUGAGACCAAAAAUUAGAACAGAAAUUCCAUCAAAAUAUAAAGAACUAAUGAAACAAUGUUGGGAUGCUGACCCAUUAAGAAGACCUGAUGCAAAUACUCUUAAUGUAGAAAUUCAAAAAAUGAUGAAAGAUAUUUGCAAUAAUGAUAAUGCAAAUGAAUUUAAUACUUUAGAAUAUAAUAAUUCAUCUCAAAUCUCUAGUUCAAGUUCGAAUUUAAGUUCAAGUUCUACGUUAUCAACUAGUAAACUUUAUCAAUUUGAAAAUUUACCAGAACCAAGAAACGCAACUGAAGAAGAACAAGAAGCAUUUCAUAGCCAACCUUACGAUUUCGAGAUACCUAAUAAUAUCGAAGAUCUUGAUUCGUCUAAAGAUCAAGAGGAACUUAUUAAGGAUCUAAAUAGAUUAGAAUUAGAUAAGUAAAUUCUUGUAGUUUCAUUUAUAGCAAUAUUCACAUAAAUAUGAUUUUUUUGUGAUGCUUCCGCCCCUAGCUAACAUUAUUAAGGUUAUACAACGGGUGAGAAGUACUAGUGUGUUAUAGAUCCAUUAAAUAUCAUAUUAAAACCGUUAGUUUUAUUAUUUUGUGUAUUAUUCUUUGAGAAUUUUAUUUGUUAAGUUCGUCAAUAUCGUGACACCAUUGAGAAAUAGAGAUUGAUGGAGAAAUCUUCUACUUCUUGAAUUCAUACGAUUUAAUAUUUGUGUGGUUAUUUUAUAGAUAAUUCAGCUAAUUGGUUGAGAUUUUAAAGCAAUGUUUUAUAUUUUUUUUAUAUUUU